AUGGUCAGAGAAAAUAAUCCCAGUAUUAAUCCUAUUCUCUGUGUUAUACACCGUCAAGCGUUAGCACCUAAUAAACUUCCAAGUGAACGCAACGAUGUCUUACAAUUAUGCAUCAGAAUUGGCAAUCAUGUUAUAAAGAAUGCUUUAAAUACUCGCCUUUUUACGGUCCUUUGUGAAGAUUUGGGAACAGGAUAUAAAACACUACUAUUUCAUACGGAAGAAUGCUGGUUCAUAAAAGGAAAUAUGUUAGCAAGAUUAAUCAAAUUUCCAACUAAAAUGGUUCAGGUUUUGGAAAUUCAAAAUCAAAGUGAAUUCUAUGUGGAAUUUCGAAAGCCAGGAGUUCAAGUUGUACUGGUUUACUUAUCAGAUAUUUUGGAUUCGUUGAAAUCAUUGAACUUAAAAUUACAAGGUGUAUAUUUGAAUAUAAUUCAUCAUCUGAAUGAUAGAGAAUGUACUGAUAAGCUGAAACUCUGGGAAUGUAAAAUUUUAGCAUGCAAUUAA